AGCCGGAGCCGGCCCCUCCCACAAGCACGCGGAACCACGACUUACUCGGGCGCCCGGUGCACGUGACCUGGUAACCGGCGCCGCAGUGCAUGAUGGGUGCCGCCAUGUUCCGCCUGCCGGCCGUGCCCGCCCCGUCCCCGACGGCGGGGACUGUGUCCUCAGGACCAGGCAGAGGCCCGACGUGAAUUUGCUGUUUGAUAAACGUUGACCGAAUGUGUGCAUAUAACUAAGACGGAGCAGGUUACCAUGCAGUGGAGAAAAAAUACAAGGACAUCAACCUCGCGGCUAAUUCAGAGUAUUGUAGUGCUGAGCACUGAGCGCCCGGAGGUGAGAAAGGAUGUGCUGCACUGAUGUGGUUUUAGGGUCACCUACAUGGGCUCCCCUAUCCAAGUGUAUUUAUCCUCAGGAUCCCAUCCCGAUGCCACAUUACAGUUGAUCAUCCUGCCUCCUGGGGCUUCUCUUGGCUGUGACAGUUUCUCAGGCUUUCCUUGUUUUGAUGACCGUGACAGUUUUCAUGAGGACUGGUCAGGAGUACCUGUUCACAUCUGGAGAAUCUGCUCCUUGAAGAAAUCUUGAGGAACGUUGUUUUAAGAUAGCUGGUCAGCUUCCUUGGAUUUUGCUGAUGACCCAGGAGAGCUUUGCCUGAAGAUGGAAACACUGGAGUCGGAGCUGACCUGCCCUAUUUGUCUGGAGCUCUUUGAGGACCCUCUCCUGCUCCCCUGUGCACACAGCCUCUGCUUCAACUGCGCCCACCGCAUCCUGGUGUCACACUGCGCUACCAACGAGUCCGUGGAGUCCAUCACUGCCUUCCAGUGCCCCACCUGCCGGCAUGUCAUCACGCUCAGCCAGCGAGGUCUAGACGGGCUCAAACGCAACGUCACCCUGCAGAACAUCAUCGACAGGUUCCAGAAAGCCUCAGUGAGCGGGCCCAAUUCCCCCAGUGAGACCCGCCGGGAGCGGGCGUUUGACGGCAACACCAUGACCUCCGCUGAGAAAGUCCUCUGCCAGUUCUGUGACCAGGAUCCCGCCCAGGAUGCUGUGAAAACCUGUGUCACUUGCGAAGUGUCCUACUGUGACGAGUGCCUGAAAGCCACUCACCCGAACAAGAAGCCCUUUACGGGCCAUCGUCUGAUUGAGCCAAUUCCGGACUCGCACAUCCGGGGGCUGAUGUGCUUGGAGCACGAGGAUGAGAAGGUGAAUAUGUACUGUGUGACCGAUGACCAGUUAAUCUGUGCCUUGUGUAAACUGGUUGGGCGGCACCGAGAUCAUCAGGUGGCAGCUUUGAGUGAGCGCUAUGACAAAUUGAAGCAAAACUUAGAGAGUAACCUCACCAACCUUAUUAAGAGGAACACGGAACUGGAGACCCUUUUGGCUAAACUCAUCCAAACGUGCCAACAUGUUGAGGUCAAUGCAUCGCGUCAAGAAGCCAAAUUGAUGGAGGAGUGCGAUCUUCUUAUUGAGAUCAUUCAGCAAAGACGACAAAUUAUUGGAACCAAGAUCAAAGAAGGGAAGGUGAUGCGGCUUCGGAAACUGGCUCAGCAGAUUGCAAACUGCAAACAGUGCAUUGAGAGGUCGGCAUCACUCAUCUCCCAAGCGGAACACUCUCUGAAGGAGAAUGAUCACGCGCGUUUCCUACAGACUGCUAAGAACAUCACCGAGAGAGUCUCCAUGGCAACGGCAUCAUCCCAGGUCCUAAUUCCUGAAAUCAACCUCAACGACACAUUUGACACCUUUGCCUUAGAUUUUUCCCGAGAGAAGAAAUUGCUAGAAUGUCUGGAUUACCUUACAGCUCCCAACCCUCCCACAAUUAGAGAAGAGCUCUGCACGGCUUCCUACGACACCAUCACCGUUCACUGGACCUCUGAUGACGAAUUCAGUGUGGUCUCCUACGAGCUCCAGUACACCAUCUUCACCGGACAAGCCAAUGUUGUUAGUCUGUGCAACUCGGCCGACAGCUGGAUGAUCGUGCCCAACAUCAAGCAGAACCACUACACGGUCCACGGUCUGCAGAGCGGCACCAAGUACAUCUUCAUCGUCAAGGCCAUCAACCAGGCGGGCAGCCGCAGCAGUGAGCCUGGGAAGUUGAAGACAAACAGCCAGCCUUUUAAACUGGACCCCAAAUCUGCACAUCGCAAGCUAAAGGUGUCCCAUGAUAACUUGACGGUGGAACGUGAUGAAUCCUCCUCCAAAAAGAGCCACACGCCUGAACGCUUCACCAGCCAGGGGAGCUAUGGUGUAGCUGGAAACGUGUUCAUUGACAGUGGCCGCCAUUACUGGGAAGUGGUCAUAAGCGGAAGCACAUGGUAUGCCAUUGGCCUUGCUUACAAAUCAGCCCCGAAGCACGAGUGGAUUGGGAAGAACUCUGCUUCCUGGGCGCUGUGCCGCUGUCACAACACCUGGGUGGUGAGACACAACAGCAAGGAGAUCCCCAUCGAGCCAGCCCCGCACCUCCGGCGCGUCGGCAUCCUGCUGGACUACGACAACGGCUCCAUCGCUUUCUACGAUGCUUUGAACUCCAUCCACCUCUACACUUUCGACAUCACAUUCUCGCAGCCUGUGUGCCCCACCUUCACCGUGUGGAACAAAUGUUUGACCAUUAUAACUGGCCUUCCGAUCCCAGACCAUCUGGACUGCACAGAGCAGCUGCCGUGAGCACCUGGCCACAUGGAGCUGGCACCUGGGGAAUAGAAAGGGUGGUGACCACCUCUGCGGGGGACAGAGAAAGCACAGGCUUCCAGAAUGUGAUUCAGUCUCGCCAAAGUGUCUAGAAACCGGCCAAGAUAAGACGUAAAACAGGCGAUUCCCCCCCUUUUACUGUGUUUUAUAUUAAGUACAGGCUUUAAUAAUUUCUUCAAAAACAUUUUUUUGUAUUUACAGGAAAAUUUAUAGAUUAUUUAUAAAAGAAACAUAACCGGGAUUACCAGUCUUAGGAAUUCUCUGCUUUUGCACACGAGGAGGCCCAGAAGUUCACCAACUUCUUACACCCUUUAUUUCAUCACAGUCUAUGGGCUUGAGUUAAAAAAAAUCUUUAUCCACCCCAUUAUAGGCGCCGUCACUCCUGCAGUGCAUAACAAUAUGCAAGUAUUUUAAAGAAAGAUAAAAAGUAAUUUUCAACCUCGUAGGGAGGGUGACAGGCUUGCUUAAACGCUGGUUUAUUUGGAAGUGUUUUAACUGUGAUGUCAGAAACUUCUCUUGGCUAGAGUAGGAUGGAGAGGAAAAGACAAGGUCAAGAAUUGACUUGGGAGCUUGGAACCCACCAUGGCGAAAUCUGUCAUCACCCUCUACUGGGAUGAUGAUGGAAAGAAAGGUUUGGAAACCUUUGGCCAUAUUUUGCCCUGCUUUUCCCAGGAUUAAGGAUUCUAGGAGAAAGAACAUGACAAAUGAGAUAGCAAUUGAAAACAGUCACUUUGAAUCCUACUGAUUAUUCAGAAAUUCAGGCUGAUUUGUUUUUCCCGAAGUACGAUCCUGUGCUGAUAUACAUCGCUUUCAUUCUUCCUUUUUACUAGCUUCUUUAGGCCUCUGAAAUUUCUUCACUAUGUUUAAUAGCUGUCCUGUUUCCCCCUCCCCCAAGUAAUUUUUCUUUGUCCCUGGGGCUGAGAAAAUAAACAUUUUCUGUCAAAAAUGGCAGCACCACUUUGGAUUGAUUUUGCUGUCCAGGACGACAGCACAUGACCCCCAAGCCCCACUACCAAGUCCAACUGUAAGUCACCAGAAAAACACUGCAUAGUUAUGAGUUAGUAAUGACAAGGGACGCUGCAUACAGUACUACCCUCUAGAAUAUGUGCCUCAAAAGUUAUCCAAACAGACUUUUAUUAAGCACAUCUUGAAUGAUGUCCAAGUCCCUCUAUAUCCUAGUAUAGUUUACCAUAGAGUUGUAAGAAAAAAACAAAAACAAAAAAACAAAACUCACUAUUCCUGUGCUGGAACCCGCAAAUGGAACGUCAGGUGGGAUUCCCAGCGUGCUGACCUGACACGCCGGCGGGGCUCUAAAUAAAGGCUUUUUUUUUUUUUUUUUUUUUUUUAAAGCAGUCCUUGGACUUGGGCCAGAAAUCUGGCAUGAGUCCUACCUGGACGGAGGGCAUAACAUCUAGUAGGCACUUCACUUGCUCAAAUAUUUAUCUGGGCUACUGGGUUGGCCAUUUUGACUGAACAGACUAGUGAAUUUAGAUGUUUUCGUCGUUAUUUUAAGCAAAUCGACCAGUUGUUUCUUUGAAAUUCGUCCGGAGGCCCCCGUUCCCGCACCACGUUCUUCCGCGAGCGCGCGUUUCCUACCGCUCCCGUCACCGGCAGACGCGCUUUUUCUUAACAGAUAGAUUCUAUAUAUUUACUACAUUAUUUAUACCCAGAUGAAUAUUUUGAUAGCUAAUUAGGACAAUUUCACAUCAAAAAGAUGGACACCUCAAUGGAAAAAAAUUACUCACGCUCUGGAAACUUAAUGGGUUGCAUUUGUCUUCCCUGAAUCAACCAAAAGGGUCGGCUCAAUCAUUUGUACAUACUUUUUGGUAGCUGGAUAACGUUUUCCUGCACUUUGUACACUAACAGGUUUUUAAAUAAAAGGGUCUAAAACUCAGCUUCUGAGGUUUUUAAAUCAUGGUCUCCAGGUACAAUAAAUGCUAGUUUGCCUUACGAUGUUAACUAUAAAGCAUUUACCAGGACGUUAUUUCCAUGAAUAUAAUGCUUUUCAAUAUAAAGAAGUUACUACUCAGAUUUUCACUGCAAGCCAUUUAGGUUCAGUUUUGGCUAUUUUUCUAAGGACGAGAGGGAUGAUGUAAUUUUGUUGUGCAAGUCUCAGUCUUGGCUAACUUAAACAUUGUGGAUAGUAGCAGUUACUAUUGCCAUGUUGUCCUAUUUACAGGAAAAUAUGUAUAUGGUGAAAGGCCACAGUGUUUACUUUCCUAACUGUUAAUGAUGUAGAAAAGAUUCCGUGUGGAUUUAGGGGGAAAGUCUGAAAAAUAGAUGCUAUAAACACGUGCUGCAGUACAAGUUUCUAAAUGGAGCUGGGGCACGUACUUCACAGGAAGCAUCGCGAUUCCGGGGACAAAGAGAUGGCGGUGGCAGUUAAAUUAUUACACAAAACUGAUGCAGCGCCCACCAAGGCUGCCAGGUCUGCCUCGUGGGUGUGUGAACAGUGCUGUCACGUCUUGAAAUUCUUAAUGUUUGGACAAGGGGCCAGCGUUUUCCAUUCUGCACUGGGCCUUGCAAAUUAGGUAGCCGGUCCUUAGAACUCAGAAACAGGGUACCUCUGGCUGGUGGCUACCAAUGAAGAACCCUGGAUCCGAUGCCGAAAGUGGCUGGCUGUGGAAUUCAAGUAGGACCCUAGAUGGAUUAAGAUGAGAGUGGGCCUGGGGCAAGAGCCUCUUUCCAGCUUGAAAAGCAGAUGACUUCAAAAACUGACUGCAAAUUUUGAUAGUUUCUGCUGGAGAAGAGGGAAAGGCCUGAUGACAGACAGGAAUUUUAUGACGGUACUGAUAUACUGUCCCGAGACUUCCGGAGGAACUGAACCCGCGCCCCGCCCCCAGCGAAGGCGGAAUUCCGUUUCGGCUCCAGGCACCUGCGCGGUGCCUGCAGACACGCGCGUGGAUGCGCACAGACAUGUGCUUUUGGUGUUGGGAAGCUGAUGAUCUGGUCUACACUUAUAAAAUGUUAAAUAAAAAAAAAAAGCCUACAAAGACAGUAAUGGGGGUGGGAGAAUGUUUUUAAAAUAGUGCUUCUCAACAAAGGGGUGCUCUGGCAAUGUCUGGAGGUAUUUUGGGUUGGCCCAUCUUGGGAGAGGGGGGUUACUGGCAUCUAGUGAGUAGAGGCCAGGGAUACUGUUCAACGCCCUACAAAGCACAGGACCGUCCCCACGACAAAGAAUUAUCCAACCCAAAAUAUCUACAGUGCCAUGGAUGAGAAACUCUUGUUUUUUUUGGUUUGUUUGGUUUUUUAAACAAAACGCUCACGAAUCUUUUUCACUUCACCCUGUAUUGAUUCAAUGCCUGGUACAGCAAACAGAAAAGAAAGGGGACACCGAAACCUACCCUGCAGUGGUUCCUUCCCUUUAAAAAAUAUUGACCCAAUUAUUUUAAAAAUCUGAAAUCUGAAAAGCAAUUUGAGCCUGUGUCAAUCCACUGAUAAGUGUCCCAACGAUCUGGAUGUAAUUUGCUCAGUUUGGGAAUGAAAAGCCAGUUCUCUGUACGCUGCUCCUUUCACCUGCACAAAUUGAAUUCCGGGUACUUGAGUCCUGCUGCCAAGCCCUCAGCCCAGACUCUCCAUUGCUGUUGUUUUCUGGUUCAAAAUAAAAUCAUUUUUGUGGUUCCAAG